GCAUGCCGGGAGCUGGCUGGGAGGUGGCUGCCCGGCCCAAUGGGUGCGGGCUCCCGAGGAGAGGGAGGAGGAGAAGAGGAAGCAAGCGGGCUGUGGGCCGCGUCCCCAUUCAUUGCAGUGGCCUGCUGGGUGGAGGUCCCGUGUUUUCGGAGUCAUGGAGGCGCUAAUCCCGGUCAUCAAUAAACUGCAGGACGUCUUCAACACGGUGGGCGCCGACAUCAUACAGCUGCCCCAGAUCGUCGUGGUGGGUACGCAGAGCAGUGGGAAGAGUUCAGUACUGGAAAGCCUUGUGGGGAGGGACCUUCUUCCCAGAGGGACUGGUGUGGUCACCCGAAGACCUCUUAUUCUGCAGCUGGUCCACGUUUCUCCAGAAGAUAAAAGAAAGACAACUGGAGAGGAAAAUGACCCUGCUACAUGGAAAAACUCAAGACACCUUUCUAAAGGAGUUGAAGCAGAAGAAUGGGGUAAAUUUCUUCACACCAAAAACAAGCUUUACACAGAUUUUGAUGAAAUUCGGCAAGAAAUUGAAAAUGAAACUGAAAGAAUUUCAGGAAAUAAUAAGGGAGUAAGCCCUGAGCCAAUCCAUCUUAAGGUUUUCUCACCCAACGUUGUCAAUCUGACACUUGUGGAUUUACCAGGAAUGACCAAGGUACCUGUAGGUGAUCAGCCAAAGGAUAUUGAGCUUCAAAUCAGAGAGCUUAUUCUUCGGUUCAUCAGUAAUCCCAAUUCCAUUAUCCUCGCUGUCACUGCUGCAAAUACAGAUAUGGCAACAUCAGAGGCACUCAAGAUUUCCAGGGAGGUAGAUCCAGAUGGGCGCAGAACUUUAGCUGUAAUCACCAAACUUGAUCUCAUGGAUGCGGGUACUGAUGCCAUGGAUGUAUUGAUGGGAAGGGUUAUUCCAGUCAAGCUUGGAAUAAUUGGAGUAGUUAACAGGAGCCAGCUAGAUAUUAACAAUAAGAAGAGUGUAACUGAUUCUAUCCGUGAUGAGUAUGCUUUUCUUCAAAAGAAAUACCCCUCUCUGGCCAACAGAAAUGGAACGAAGUAUCUUGCUAGGACCCUAAAUAGAUUACUUAUGCAUCAUAUCAGAGAUUGUUUACCAGAGCUGAAAACAAGGAUAAAUGUCUUAGCUGCUCAAUAUCAGUCUCUUCUAAAUAGCUAUGGUGAACCUGUGGAUGAUAAAAGUGCUACUUUACUGCAACUUAUCACCAAAUUUGCCACAGAAUACUGUAACACUAUCGAAGGAACUGCGAAGUACAUUGAAACUUCUGAGCUAUGCGGUGGUGCUAGGAUUUGUUAUAUUUUCCAUGAAACUUUUGGGCGAACCUUAGAAUCUGUUGACCCGCUAGGUGGCCUUAACACUAUUGACAUUUUGACUGCCAUUAGAAAUGCUACUGGUCCCCGCCCCGCUUUAUUUGUGCCUGAGGUUUCAUUUGAGUUAUUGGUCAAACGGCAAAUCAAGCGUCUAGAAGAGCCCAGUCUCCGGUGUGUGGAACUGGUCCAUGAAGAAAUGCAGAGGAUCAUUCAGCAUUGUAGUAAUUACAGUACACAGGAAUUGUUACGGUUCCCUAAACUUCAUGACGCCAUAGUUGAAGUGGUGACGUGUCUUCUUCGUAAAAGGCUGCCUGUUACAAAUGAAAUGGUACAUAACUUAGUGGCAAUUGAGCUAGCUUAUAUCAACACAAAACAUCCCGACUUUGCUGAUGCCUGUGGGCUAAUGAACAAUAAUAUAGAGGAACAAAGAAGAAACAGGCUAGCAAGAGAACUACCUUCAGCUGUAUCACGAGACAAGUCUUCUAAAGUUCCAAGUGCUUUGGCACCUGCCUCCCAGGAGCCCUCCCCUGCUGCUUCUGCUGAGGCCGAUGGCAAGUUAAUUCAGGACAGCAGAAGAGAAACUAAAAAUGUUGUAUCUGCAGGUGGUGGGAUUGGAGAUGGUAGUCAGGAACCAGCAACAGGCAACUGGAGAGGAAUGCUGAAAACUUCAAAAGCUGAAGAAUUACUUGCUGAAGAGAAAUCAAAGCCAAUCCCAAUUAUGCCAGCAAGUCCACAAAAAGGCCAUGCUGUCAAUUUGCUGGAUGUGCCAGUUCCAGUUGCACGAAAACUGUCUGCUCGUGAACAGCGAGAUUGUGAGGUUAUUGAAAGACUCAUCAAAUCCUAUUUUCUAAUUGUCAGAAAGAAUAUUCAAGACAGCGUCCCAAAGGCAGUAAUGCAUUUUUUGGUUAAUCAUGUGAAAGAUACUCUUCAGAGUGAAUUAGUAGGACAGCUGUAUAAGUCUUCCUUACUAGAUGACCUCCUCACUGAAUCUGAGGACAUGGCACAGCGCAGAAAAGAAGCAGCUGACAUGCUAAAGGCAUUACAAGGAGCCAGUCAAAUUAUUGCUGAAAUCCGAGAGACUCAUCUGUGGUGAACAGAACUGUUGAACACCCAGGCUUUUGACUUGAACCUGUAGUACUGCCUACCUGAGUAGAUGUUUAUUUAUGAA